AUGCACCGGUCCAAAAGGGGGAAGAGGAAUUCCCCAGCCGGGACCCCCGGCAGCCAUGGGACCCGGGCCCUAGGGGACCAAGACUGGCAGGCGCCAACCCUGCCAGGCACCAGAAGCUCAAGUUGGGCAGAGCAGAGGGCCCAAGACCCAAGAGCCCAAGAGCUAACCCCACCCACUCAGGUAGAGGAUCAUGACCAUACAGAGGAGAACCAGCCCCCACGGGCAGCUACCUGCCCCAGGCCAGCUGUGUACCCUGAAAGCCAGGUAAAUGCACAUAUGGAUUACCAAGUGUGUGUGAUCUUCCUCUAUUUUGGUUUUGGCAUCACUUCAUGCCUGGAAAGUUUCCAUCGUAAAUACCACUAUGUCAACCAGAAGAUGACCUGGACCGAUGCUCAGAGUUACUGCAGAGAGAAAUACAAUGACCUGGCCACCUUUGAAAGCAUGGAAGACAUAGAAAAAUUGAGCAGACCAAACAUGGACAAUGACAUGAUUUGGAUGGGGCUUUAUGACGAUCCAAAUUCCUGGAUUGUAAAUUUGGGUAAUGAUACAAACUCCUGGAGGUGGUCAGCAACUGAAACAACAAGCAGAACUGGUUACGACAACUGGAGUGCUGGUCAACCAAAUUAUGAUCAGGGGAAGGAUCUCUGUGUGAGGAUGCUAAGUGGUGGAUCAUGGACCGAUACUUUCUGUACAGAAGAAAGAUAUUUUGCUUGCUACGAAGACAUAAGUACUUCAGGCCAAAAGCAAUAUCAUGUGAUUGAACAGACCAUGACAUGGGAGCAAGCGAAGUUGUACUGCAGAGAACACUAUAAAGACCUGGCCAUGAUCGAGACUGAGGAGGAGAACAGCAAAGCCUCCUCAGAAGGAUUGUUUGAUGGCUGGAUUGGUUUGUAUCGGAUACCCUGGAGGUGGUCGGACGGCAGCAGCAGCUCUUUUAAAAACUGGGCAUCUGGAAAACCCGAUGCCCACGGCUAUAAUCAGCACUGUGCUGGUGAAUAUUCAAACCAUCAAUGGAAUGAUGACAGUUGCUACAGGGAGCAUGCAUUCAUCUGCCAGGAAGAUCUUCAAAAAGUGAGGAAGACCAUGGUGAAGAUGAAGAUUAAAACUGAUGGGGACUUUUCAGAUCCAGCUGCACUGCAACAGGCACUUCUGACCAAGUACGACAAUACUGGAUUAAGGAUGGAGUGGAAGAUUAAAUUUGAAGAAGAGGAAGAUCAGAAAAACAACAAGGAAUCCAACGGCAACAAAUGUAACCAAUAAGGAUUUCCUGAAUACAGCAAAAUGUGACAAAAUGUUAAUAAUGAAUUCAAAAAAGAAGUGUAUUGUGCAUUUUUAUUGUAAAGACAUUCAAAUACAAACACAAGCACAAGCCUGGUUAACCAACACUAAUUAUAACAUAUAUCAGAUGUAUUUAAACAAUGUGAUUAGAUGCAUGAAGACAAACCUGAGGAGUUUGACAAAGAUGAUAAAAGUAGCUGUGUGUGUUUGUC